AUUGGUCAGCUGGCUGAAUCCACAGAGCCACAAAGUUGUCCUCGCUCUCAUCCAAGUGGCUCACGCUGCCCUCGGGGAGGAAGAAGAGAAGCAGGGAAGAAGGACCAGCAGGGAGGCGAUCUAUAUCUGGACACUUUGGAGCGGCUGCAGAGAGCGGAGGAGGUGGGGGAUGCGCGUCAGAAUUUUGGUUCAACUCUGACAAGGCUGCCUGGUAGCGUCUCCUCACCCUGUCGACACGUCUGACUGAUGGUUUUGUUUCCAACAACUUUCCCAGCAUCAUGAGCUCCUCAUCAGCCAACCUUCAAAGCAAACGCCUACCUUCAGAGACAGAGCAUGCCCAGAGGCUUCCAGACAUGGAGUCAGCGCAGCAGCUCAAGCUUAGGGAGCGACAACGCUUCUUCGAGGAGGUCUUCCAGCACGAAGUGGACGUCUACCUGUCCUCGGCACACCUGUGCAUCAGGGACUACAGGAGACCGCCCAUCGGCAGCAUCUCCUCCAUGGAGGUGAACGUGGAUCUCCUGGACCAGAUGGAGCUCAUCGACCUCUCUGACCCAGACCCGGUGGAUGUGUUCUUCAGCUCCGUGGGGGAGGAAGCGGUGCUGUCCUCGCCGCUGCCGGCAGGCCACAGCAGCGACGAGGAGGCCAUCAGGAACGGGCUGUUCCGCCACGUCCUGGAGAGUCUGGACGGCAAGUCCCGCAUGUCCUCCACGUCUUCGGACUGCUCCUCGGACAGCCAGACCGCCAACGUCAACGGAGGAGACACUCCUCUGGUCGGGUCGGACAACGAAGAGACGCCGAGCGGCGAAGCGGUGAACAGAGGCGUGUCGCCGGAGGACGGAGAGCAGAGAGUUCGGAGUGUGGGAGAAGCGUCCCGUACGAAAUAACGCGGAGAUUUUUAACGGAGGACGCACCAACUAAAGGAGGACGUUGUUUGAGGAAAUACUUUUUAAAUGAGUAGGUUUCCAUGGUAACCCGCUAAUCGAUAUGUACUUUCUAGCGCGGGCUACGAGGUGUAAAUAUGCCGAUUCUGGUUAGACUGGUCUUCCUUCUUGUCAUUUCAGUGUGGAAAACUAAUGAUUUUUGUACAGUAUUAAUAAAACUCUAAAACAAGAGAUGACAGAAAUUC